AUUAUGGUAGGUGGAUAUGAUAAAGAAGAGAAAGCUGCAAGGGCUUAUGAUUUAGCUGCACUAAAGUAUUGGGGGACAUCCACCACUACAAAUUUUCCAAUAAGUAACUAUGAGAAGGAAGUUGAAGAUAUGAAGCACAUGACUAGACAAGAAUUUGUUGCCGCCAUAAGAAGAAAGAGCAGUGGAUUUUCAAGGGGUGCAUCAAUGUAUCGUGGAGUCACAAGGCAUCACCAACAUGGAAGAUGGCAAGCAAGAAUUGGCAGAGUAGCAGGAAAUAAGGAUCUUUACUUAGGAACUUUUGGUACUGAAGAAGAGGCUGCAGAAGCUUAUGACAUAGCUGCAAUAAAGUUUAGAGGAUUAAACGCAGUAACAAACUUCGACAUGAAUCGUUACGACGUGAAAGCGAUUCUUGAAAGUAAUACUCUUCCAAUAGGAGGAGGUGCUGCAAAACGGUUAAAAGAAGCUCAAGCUCUAGAAUGUUCUAGAAAAAGAGAACAAGAGAUGAUAGCAUUAGGCUCUAGUACUACUUUUCAAUAUGGAGGAAUUGGAGGAGAAGGAUCUUCAAGUUCAAGUAGGAUGCAAUUACAAGGUUACCCUUUAAUGCAAUUUGAACCUUUAUAUGAGAGUAGUAUUCAAGAUCCGUCGUCGUUUAAUCAGCAGAGUUAUAUUCAAACUCAGCUUCAGUUGCAUCAACAACAGCAAAGUGGAGGAUUUUAUAAUUAUAAUGGGAAUUACAAUAUUCAGAAUCAGCAGGGUUUGAUGAAUAUGGGUGUCAUGGAGAAUAAUGGUGGUGGAGGAGGGUAUGUUGGGAAUAAUAAUAUUAUUAACGUAGGUGGAAGUGGAGGGGAGGAGGUUGGGUUUGUUAAGGUUGAUUAUGACAUGGCUUCCGGAGGUUAUGGAGGUUGGUCAGCGGCCGAUGCUUCAAAUGUUGGUGCAGCUAGUGUUUUUACAAUGUGGAAUGAUUUGACUAAUUAAAGUGUUUUGGGUUUGAAGUUUGACUCUGACUUAUAUUGUAAUGUCUCUGUUAACUAUUAACUGAAUAUGCUCUCUAAGAUGAGUUUAGAGUGUUCUCUAUUAUGAGGGGAAAGGGAAAUGAGGGAACUAUAAGCUAGCUAACCAAUAUGUGGUGCAACUAAUUGCCAUACAAUUUAAUUUCUUGUUCUUUUCAUUUAAUUUUUUGUUAUGCUACAUUUACAUUAUCACAAAUGAAUUACAAGAAAAAGGA